AUGAACAAGAAAGUGUGGUCACCAUCAUGUCUAUCUGGUCAAUCUCCGCGAUCAAACAAAGGAGAACCUUUGGGUGGAGCCCACUUUUUCGACACGUGUGUGGCCUUCUCCAAUCCAACACAGCACCAAAACUUUACAGACUGUGUUGCAUUGAAUAGGGCAUUCACAUGGCGGUUCACUGGUGAUGACUACAUAAACCAAUCACCCUGUAAAGAUUAUAAUCUGUUGUUGGGUUUAAUAUUGCAGAUGAUGGCGAAGCAGAAACAAGAACUGAUUCUUUCUCCUCGAUCAAAUCCCUUCGAUCCACUUGGGUAG